GCUGUGUGCCGGCGUCGACAAUGCCCCCUGCGUGCCCCUGGAUGUCGCCAUGGUUACUUAAAGGAUAGAAGAGGAUGCACGACAUGCACAUGCAAAAAAGGACCUAUACUAACGCGCUGUCCUUCAGUGAUGUUCUCCAACCCAAAGAUCUGCGCCGUGGCCAAAGUCAGGAAACAGUGCUCCAGAACACGAGGAUGUCGUCCUGGAUAUAUCUGCUGUCCAGGAAUGUGCGGAUCGUCAAGCUGUAUACGAUUAAGACCAAGAUGUUUUUAUCGUCCUUGUGCACGCCCACCGGGUGGCAGAUGUCCGUUUGGUUAUGAAAAAGAUAAACAUGGAUGUCCAACUUGUACCUGUAAAGGGAUCAGACCUGGGUUCAAGUGCCCGGUCAUACACUUCAUCAGAGCUCCAGACUGCACCAAAGUACGUGUCUCAAGGCAGUGUACCCCGCUACGUAGAUGUCGAUUUGGAAAAUCAUGCUGCCCAGGUAUUUGUGGUGGAACUGUUUGUGUGAAGGCGCAACGUAAGUU